AUGGGAAGUAACCCAGACGUCGAGGCACUGCCAUUCUGGCAAGUCAACAUCGCGCCCAAGGAUCGCGAGGACGAAUGCCCAGAGCCACUUCGAGACCUCAGCGCCAAAGAUGUGCGUCUCAUCGGCACCAGAGACGAAGACUACCACGUUCAGACCUGGGACGAAGUGGUCAACAUCGUCGGUACGGGGAGACUCGGCGACUUCCGGCGGUGGCCGACCGAGCUGCGAAGGUAUCGCGAGUUCGUCUGGAGGCUCAGCCGGGCCAAGGGAGGCGUGAUGGGGCACAUGCUGAACGAGAGGCUCCACUGGACCUUGCCCCUGGUCCCUCAGGGCAGCAGACCAUUCGUAUGUGAGGAGGACUUCAAGAUACUGUGGAACGACUGGCCUUAUGGAAUCGACAGGCGGAUUGUACAUCUGGUGGUGUGGACCAAAUUCGAGCUGAGGGAUGACGCAGAGACCAGGUGUGAGAUUGGGAGAUUCAUUGACAGAACCUUCCUGCCUGUCGUGACGAGGGACAAGCUCAUCUGGUUCAAGAACCCACCAAGCCUCAAAUCCGUCCACUCCGUCGAGCAUAUUCAUGUGAUGCUGUUCGACCCAGACCUGGAGCUCAUCAACCGGCUCACCAACGGCGACAAGCCACAAGGCCACCUUCUGAGCGACAUCAAUGGUUGUCGGUGGUGA